CUGCAGGGGAGGUGGCGAGGCGGUCAGGACCCCUCUUCUGCUCGGCGGCGGCGGCGGCAUCAUGUACGGCUUCGUCAAUCACGCCCUGGAGCUGCUCGUCAUCCGGAACUACGGGCCCGCGGUCUGGGAGGACAUCAAGAAGGAGGCACAGCUGGAUGAAGAAGGACAGUUUCUCGUCAGAAUAAUAUAUGAUGAUUCCAAGACCUAUGAUCUGGUUGCAGCUGCAAGCAAGGUUCUUAAUCUGAAUGCUGGGGAAAUUCUUCAGAUGUUUGGGAAGAUGUUUUUUGUGUUUUGUCAAGAAUCUGGCUAUGAUACAAUUCUGCGUGUUCUGGGCUCAAAUGUUAGAGAAUUUUUGCAGAACCUGGAUGCUCUGCAUGACCAUCUUGCUACUAUUUACCCAGGUAUGCGAGCCCCUUCCUUCAGAUGCACUGAUGCGGAGAAGGGGAAAGGACUCAUUCUGCAUUACUAUUCAGAGAGGGAAGGUCUGCAGGAUAUUGUCAUUGGAAUCAUCAAAACAGUAGCUCAGCAGAUCCACGGUACAGAAAUAGAUAUGAAGGUUAUUCAACAGCGGAAUGAGGAAUGUGACCACAUUCAAUUUUUAAUUGAAGAGAAAGAAUCUAAAGAAGAGGACUACUAUGAGGACCUUGACAGAUUUGAAGAAAAUGGUACCCAAGAGUCUCGCAUCAGUCCAUAUACUUUCUGCAAGGCUUUUCCUUUCCAUAUAAUAUUUGACAGAGAUCUGGUGGUCACACAGUGUGGCAAUGCAAUAUACAGAGUCCUUCCACAGCUGCAACCAGGAAACUGCAGUCUUUUGUCAGUGUUCUCCUUGGUCCGGCCUCAUAUUGAUAUUAGUUUCCAUGGGAUCCUCUCACAUAUCAAUACAGUCUUUGUACUGAGGACCAAGGAGGGGCUGUUGGAUGUAGAGAAGUUGGAGUGUGAAGAUGAGUUGACUGGCACAGAAAUCAGUUGCUUACGCCUGAAAGGGCAAAUGAUCUACUUGCCUGAAGCAGACAGCAUUCUCUUUCUUUGUUCACCAAGUGUUAUGAACUUGGAUGAUUUAACCAGAAGAGGGUUAUAUCUGAGUGAUAUUCCAUUGCAUGAUGCUACCCGUGAUCUGGUUCUUUUGGGAGAGCAGUUCAGAGAGGAAUAUAAACUGACUCAAGAGCUUGAGAUCCUCACUGACAGACUGCAGCACACGCUACGUGCACUCGAAGAUGAAAAGAAAAAGACAGACACAUUACUGUACUCCGUUCUACCACCGUCGGUGGCAAAUGAGCUGAGACACAAGCGUCCUGUUCCAGCUAAGCGAUACGACAAUGUCACCAUUCUCUUUAGUGGCAUUGUUGGAUUCAAUGCCUUCUGUAGUAAGCAUGCCUCUGGAGAGGGAGCUAUGAAGAUUGUUAAUCUUUUAAAUGAUCUUUACACGAGAUUUGAUAUUCUAACUGAUUCACGAAGGAAUCCAUUUGUUUACAAGGUGGAAACAGUUGGGGACAAGUAUAUGACUGUGAGUGGUCUACCAGAGCCUUGCAUUCAUCAUGCACGAUCUAUCUGCCACCUAGCAUUGGACAUGAUGGAAAUAGCAGGCCAAGUUCAAGUUGAUGGGGAGCCUGUACAGAUAACGAUAGGAAUCCAUACUGGUGAGGUAGUCACAGGUGUCAUAGGCCAAAGGAUGCCACGUUACUGCCUGUUUGGAAAUACUGUCAAUUUAACAAGCAGGACAGAAACUACUGGAGAAAAGGGAAAGAUCAAUGUCUCUGAGUAUACGUACAGGUGUCUUAUGACACCAGAAAAUUCAGAUCCUCAGUUCCACCUGGAAUACAGGGGUCCAGUUUCUAUGAAGGGUAAAAAAGAACCAAUGCAGGUUUGGUUUUUGUCCCGAAAGAGUACAGAGACAGAGCACAUUGAAGUCCUUGACUAUUUGUCUGUGGAGUUUGUAUAGACCCUGAAGGAAUACUUUCAUAUUUCAAGAGGUCCUUGAGGGAAUGCCAGUGUUUAAAUAUAAAUAUCUCUUUAUGUACAGAUUUCUCCACUGUGCUAGACUUUGCAAUAUAAUGCCCGUAAUAUAAUGUUUAACCGAUGUCUGGUUAUCAGCACUUUGAAAUUUACCAUUUCUGUGAGUAAAUAAAUGUGCCUUCAGAUAUUUAGGCAGCAGUCCAACAAAUGCACACAGGCAGGUUUGAACCUGAUGUGUGGUUUGUUCUGUUAACCUCAGAUGGAUCUUCUUGCUCACAAAUUGUUGUGUGAUGAAGGUCUUAAUUCAGAAAUUCACAGAAUAAAAAUACAUCUUCUGAUUGACAUAUAAACUAAAUCUUGUUGUGAAUAGGGUGAAGCUCUUCAAGCACUAAAGUUGUCUUUGAGCUUAUGUGAUAAUUUCAGAAGUUUGCACAUGUACUAACCAAAAUCCUAUUAGAAACCAAUGAGAUUUAGACUCAGAAAUAAACUACAAAGUUUUACCUUUAAUCACGUUGCUUUGUGCCAGCCUAGCAGGUGUACAUUCCACCUAUUGCAAACAGGGAGAAAAAAAGUGUGAAAGUGAUAUGCACAGCCUGCAUUCUGCCCAAAAGUAAAAGUACAAAAAGUUUUAAGCUAAUGUAUUUAAUCUAAGAAAUACUGAUUGGAAUAAUGUAAGUCAUCAGUUCCUUCACUGAACGUACAGGUCACAGGGACUUGAUUGCACUUCUGAAUUCUUGUGUGCCUCUGAAAAUGAAGUUUAGACUGUUAAACCAUUAUGGCCCUUUAGAAAAGAUUUAAUGCAACUGGUAGCCAAGUGUAUGAAUGAAUAUUGGCUGUUUAAUGGUAACCCUCAGUAGUAACUCUCACUAUUAAACUUCAGGGAACAGCCUAUAUUUUAACCCCACUGAAGUCUGUAUUUUAGUAUGUAUUAGUUGUGCUAACAUUCUGGGUGCCACUUUUGAUCAUACUUGUAUGAUUUUGUUUUAUAUCAAGGUUAAGUGUAACUUCACAUGGCUACUGUUCUUUCAAAUCCAUACUUUCAUGUGAAAUAUGCAUAACUGAGCACCUUAGACUUAUUCUUUCUGCAUUAUAAAUUACGUCCUAUCGUUUGUAUCAGGGAAUAUUGUAAUGUUAAAUGUAAAGCUUCAGAAGAGUAUUGAGUCAGGUGCAUAUUUUCCUUAGUUCAGCUUCACAUGUGUUUAGGGUUCUAAAAGUUUAUAAUUUUAAAUAUUGCAACUUCUUUUUAGAGAGCUUGUAAAACAGCCGGUUUUGUCAAUCAUGACAAUGGCCCUGACAGGUACCUGCUGUUACUAUUGUCUAACAAUUCAGCUUUGUAGAGAGAAACAUAGGGACAAUGGUAAACAUGAUAGAAAAAUAAAAUAUUGUCAGUCUGGUUUUUGGGAGCACAUAAUACACAGUUAUAAAUCACAGUUUAGGCACACUUGAAAAGUCUCUCUUAGUUUGUGUUAGGCUUUUCUUGUAUAUUCUUAAAUUCAGACAUGCAUAUAUUUCUCAAACACAUAAGGACUUCUCCCAUCACAGGUAUCUCUUUUUUUGUUGUACUAAGUUUUGGAGAAUAGGAAACUAGAAGGAUAACUUCAUGAAGUGUAUGACAAUGAUAAUCAGUUGUUUCAGAGGUGAUUUUGAUAAGUGAAAGAAGAUAAUCUUGUAAUGGUCUUUUCAUUCUUUUCCACUCCCUGCACCAUUUCAUCUGUUCACAAACAGAAAAAUGCACUAAGGCUUCCUCCUUUAAGAUAUGCUGAACUGUUGUUAUUUCUGACACUUCAUAGGCUGCAUAUAACAGUGGUAAUCCAAAAGCAGAAAUCAAAUAAACACCUUUUUAUCUUUGAUUACCUUAUUGUAAUUACUUUGCUAAGGUACAGUUUUGGUUUUCUUUUCAGAUACUUACUCUAUCUGACCUUUCAAACGCACGUGCAUUCUUACAAUUAGUAUCAUUUGCAGGGUGAUUAAUUUCAGUGGGAGCCAUUAGUAACAAUUAAUAUGGCACGUUAACAUCUGUUAAGAAUCCAUGGGGUAAAUAAAUGUCUUGAGUGGUCACUCCCUGAAAAUAUUUCUUAAAUCUGUUUGAAGAUAUUUUCUCUGACUGUCCUUCAGUUGUGAAGUUUUCUAUCUCCAGUGUGUUUAAAUCUAGAACUGAUUUGUAUUAGUGGUACACUCCCUUUUUCUGUUACACUUAACAGAAUGGCAAUCUCAUCAUUUGCAUAUCUGUUAGCAUUAACAGAUCCUGAAGCCCAGUGAUCAAUAUAUGAUAGGAGAAGUGAACAAAAUGCUUACAGCUGGCACAGUGAUAUAAAACCAGUGCUUACAAUACGCUGUCUUCACUGGGCAUGUAGAAUGUCAUCAGGUUGGAGCAACUCAGCAUACUUCAGACUUUGUUCCUAACUUGGCAUCUCUAUUCUUCCCUCUAAAGAAUUCUAUUCCAUAAUACCAUUCCAGCAAUAUUCAGAACUGCAUCAGAAAUAUACGUAGAACCAAAGCAACCUUGACUUGUCUGCUUGCUUGCAUGAACAGAGGUUCACCUGCAACUUCUCUCAGGAGGAACAGAUUUGCUGUAAAUCCUAAAGCAUGCAGAGAACCUCAGAUGCCUGACUGUGGUUUCCAUCUGUCCCCACUUCCAAAUAUGUUUCUCUUCUCCCAUGUCCCCAGAUUACUAAUGGGAGCAAGUCAAAAUAUCUCCAGUAGUUCCAUCAGGGAAUGUAGGAGUUGUUACAUUCCUACGUACAACACAUGCAAAAGAAAUGUGCGUGUUACCUAUGCUCUGUUCUGUUAUUUACUAAUACUGGUUGCAAGUUGUCAAACAUAUUUUGUCACUGCAUUGAUCCACUAUGUUGCUGCUUCAAAGAAAAUCCCUUAUUUUUCAAAUUCUACUUGCAUGCAUUCAAGGAAACAAAGCAAGAUACUUUCUGAGCUGAGGGAAGAGGAAAAGGAUCCUGAACAGGGUGCAAUACUGUCUCCAAGUAGGGAGCCAGGCAGUAAGGAUGAAUUAUGAAUGUUACUUUACUUCGUGUCUCCCAUUGUUAUGUGCAGUACCAUUGUCUGUUGCUCUUGUCCUGAAGUCGUACUCACCAUUUGCUUCCAGGCAUGCUUGCUAUUUUCUCCUUAGUGUUUGGUACUCUCUCUCUGCUAUGAGCAUGUAUUUCAGGCUCUUUUUUUUUUUUUUUAAAUAUGCAUUUUUGCAUGUCAAUCCUGUGGCCCUUCCUAUCACCAGUUACUACUGAAUCAAACUGUAUAAUAUGCAUGCCACAACUAACAACUCAGUCUGAUGCUUCACAUCUUCAUCUCUGCGGUACAGUGGUUGCAUAAAUCAAUGACUUUUCUGGAAAGACAGGAGGCAUUUCAAUUUUUUGGCAGAACAAAGAACCUAAGGAACUAUUUGUAAAAAGUAGUACAUAGAGCAUCAUUGUGGAAGCUACUGCCUAAAACUUGUUUAUCAGAUUUACUUCUGCUACGACCAUGCUUCCUGUUCAUAUUGCGAAUAACACUUGAUGCACUGCUGAUCCCUGUGUAGAAAGAUGGUACCUUUUGACAUCAUCCAGCAUUUUGGCUUUGUAGACACUAUGUAAAACAUCUUCUGUAUUGAAAAGGGGCAGUUGUUUGUCCAACUGAGCCUUGUGCCAAUGUAUAUUUACUGAAAUGCUUUUCAUUUUCAAUAUAUUUUUCAUUGAUUUAUAUUAACUAAAUGAAGUUGUCAUGUUAAUAAUAGAUUGCUGGACUGUUGUAGGCCAUCACUUGUGCUCUAAUUCUGUUCUGAUAGAGCCUUCAAAAUUGACAGGCGUACUGCCAGGACAUGGUUGUCGUAGUUGCCUUUUGUUUUGGUCUCUGGAAUCAGAAAAUGAUUUUAUUUUAUACCUUGGGAGAACCUGAUUGUAUUCUUGGCUUCAUGGCAUAACUAAGAGAUAUAUAACUUGUAAGCAGACAUAGUAAAAUUAGAUGGGAUUGCAGAUGCUUCACAGUUUUAACAUACAGUGCAUUUUUGUGUGAAUAAUAUCCAUUCUUGUGUCUGGCAUUUUCUGAAUAUUUGCAUUAUGAAUUAGAAUAGUGCAAUUACUUUAUGUAUAAAAGUUGUCUGUACCUAGUAUACUUUAUCAGCACAGAAUAUAUAUGUAUAAAUGUUUCAUGGUAAUGUGAGAAAUUGCAAUAAAUUAUUUUUUCCACUGA